AUGUCUCAUCCUCUUCCACCCCUCCCUCCAGAGGCCCUGGAGUCCGAAAACGCUCAGCAGGAAAGUGUAGUGCCCACACGAGCUUCGUACGAACUUUCCCCCGAUAUUCAAGAAAUGUCCCGUUCCGUGCAAGAGCUCACCAAUGCUACAAACCAUUUGGCGUUGCAGGGUCAAUCACCCCCCAGCGUCGGACGGUCUUCAAAGGAGUUUUCUAGAGCUUUGAGAGAAAACAACGAUGCGGACAGUAUCGGCCAUGAGUCCACUGGUGGCCGCUCACGAUCCUCUAAAGAGUAUACUCGAUCCCCAAACAAGUUGUCGAAACAAACACGAAAAGAAGUACCGGCAUACGAUGAAUUCAUGCCUCCGCCGCGAAUUUCCAGCAGAACCCACGGCGGACAAGCAAACGGCAGUCCAGCGUCCACAACGAGAAGAUCACUGGAUCAAGGACAAGACUUCGCCCCGACGGCCCCUACAGGGUAUGGAACAGUCUCUACCCAAGCUGGUUCCAUAAAUGCGUCGCCCAGGCCGCGGCCAGCGCGAACGGCACCUUUGGAGGAACCCAUAAACUCGAGAGAAGUCCCAGAACGUCGACCACGUUCGCAGUAUCCAGAUGGCCUCCAGCAGCAUGCUCGCACUCCUUCUCAAAGUCAACCCAGUAUUAACUCGGCCGCUCAACUUCAACCCCAUCCCCCCCAAUCGCAGUCACAGCAAUGGGGCCCACCCCCUAACCCACGCUAUCAAGAUGACAGGGAAUUUUUAGCUGGGGAAGGGGAUGGAUUCUAUGGAAAUACAGGAAAUGCGGGAACAUAUCCAUAUGGAGGUCCCUACAACGAUUCCGCUAUGUACGGCCAAGGCGAACCCAGACAUCCAUCGCCAGCACUGCUCGAUCAGUCUCACUUGCAACCUGGAGUUAAAGCAGCUCUUCUUUCCAAUGAGCAAUCUCUAGCACUCUAUCGUGCAAACGCCAAAAAGAGUUCCAACCCCGAAAUGGUGUUCGAGUUUGCCGCGUUCAUGCUCGAAGCUUCUAAAUCCGUUGUAGUACCCCCAGCUGAUGCGACCUAUUCCAACCAACUAGAAAUAGAUCGAGCCAACGAAAAGCGAGAGGGCUACAUCAAGGAAGCAAUGGGGCUCCUGAAAAAAAUUGCGGACAGAGGGCACGUGCUUGCCCAAUACACCCUAGCAGAUUGCUACUCGAACGGAAUAGGGACAAUCAAAGGGAGGCAGGAUUUCGAUCGUGCAUUCCCCUUGUUCGUCGCUGCCGCCAAACACAACCACGUCGAUGCCGCUUAUCGGGCUGGCGCAUGCUGCGAGUACGGCUGGGGAUGUCGAAAAGAUUCAGCAAAGGCCGCCCACUUUUACCGUGCAGCAGCUUCACAAGGGCAUCCUGGUGCCAUGUUCCGACUAGGCCAAGCCGAAAUGAACGGUGAACUUGGACUCCCAAAGAACGCGAAAGAAGGAGUUAGGUGGCUCCAGCGUAGUGCAGAAAAUGCUACGGCCGAGUUCCCGCAUGCUCUUCACGAGCUUGCUCUUUGCCACGAGAAGGGUGUCCACAAUGUAAUCUUUGUGGACCUGGAUUAUGCAGCGGAGCUCCUUGGCCAAGCCUCAGAAUUGGGAUACGCACCAAGCGCAUAUAGACUGGGAGAAGCUUAUGAAUAUGGCAACCUUGGCUGCCAACCCGAUCCGGCAUUGACAGCUCAACAGAACCAUCGCGAGGCCUGCUUUUCGUUAACAGCUUGGUAUCUUGUUGGAUCUCCAGGUGUCCUGCCCCAAUCCGAUACCGAAGCAUUCCUUUGGGCAAAACGAGCAGCGGAUGCUGGCUUAGCCAAGGCUCAGUAUGCCGUUGGAUAUUUCUAUGAAACGGGUAUUGGCACACCUCCUAGCCUCGCUGA